UGCGCCUUCGCCUUCCCCGCCCCGGGGCCGGGGCCCCCGCCGCCCCCGCUGCCCGCCUUCCCCGAGGGUCCCGGCACCGAGCCCGCCUCCUUCCCUCUGGCCUUCAGGCUGGACCCGUUCACCGACUAUGGCUCCUCGCUCACGGUCACUCUGCCGCCUGAACUGCAGGCGCACCAUCCCUUCCAGGUCAUCCUGCGCUACACCUCGACCGACGCCCCCGCCAUCUGGUGGCUGGACCCAGAGCUGACCUACGGCAAUGCCAAGCCCUUCGUCUUCACCCAGGGCCACUCCGUGUGCAACCGCUCCUUCUUCCCGUGCUUCGACACACCUGCCGUCAAGUGCACCUACUCAGCUGUGGUCAAGGCCCCAUCAGGGGUACAGGUGCUAAUGAGUGCCACCCAGAGUGUGUACCUGGAGGAGGAAGGUGUCUACCGCUUCCACAUGGAGCACCCUGUGCCCGCCUACCUCGUGGCCCUUGUGGCUGGAGACCUCAAGCCAGCAGACAUCGGACCCAGGAGCCGCGUGUGGGCAGAACCAUGUCUCCUCCCCACGGCCACCAGCAAGCUGUCAGGGGUGGUGGAGCAGUGGCUGAGUGCGGCGGAGCGGCUCUACGGGCCGUACAUGUGGGGCAGGUACGACAUCGUCUUCCUGCCACCCUCCUUCCCCAUCGUGGCCAUGGAGAACCCCUGCCUCACCUUCAUCAUCUCCUCCAUCCUGGAGAGUGACGAGUUUCUGGUCAUUGAUGUCAUCCAUGAGGUGGCCCACAGCUGGUUUGGCAAUGCCGUCACCAACGCCACGUGGGAGGAGAUGUGGCUCAGCGAGGGCCUGGCCACCUACGCACAGCGCCGCAUCACCACAGAGACCUACGGUGCCGCCUUCACCUGCCUGGAGACAGCCUUCCGCCUGGACGCCCUACACAGGCAGAUGAGGCUCCUUGGAGAGGACAGUCCAGUCAGCAAGUUGCAGGUCAAGCUGGAGCCAGGCGUGAACCCCAGCCACCUGAUGAACCUGUUCACCUAUGAGAAGGGCUACUGCUUCGUGUACUACCUGUCCCAGCUCUGUGGAGACCCCCAGCGCUUCGACGACUUUCUCCGCGCCUAUGUGGAGAAGUACAAGUUCACCAGCGUGGUGGCCCAGGACCUGCUGGACUCCUUCCUGAGCUUCUUCCCAGAGCUGAAGGAGCAGAGUGUGGACUGCCGGGCAGGGCUGGAGUUUGAGCGCUGGCUCAAUGCCACGGGCCCACCGCUGGCCGAGCCGGACCUAUCUCAGGGGUCCAGCCUGACCCGGCCUGUGGAGGCCCUGUUCCAGCUGUGGACGGCGGAGCCCCUCGAUCAGGCGGCAGCAUCAGCCAGUGCCAUCGACAUCUCCAAGUGGAGGACCUUCCAGACCGCACUCUUCCUGGACCGGCUCCUGGAUGGGUCCCCACUGCCUCAGGAGGUGGUGAUGAGCCUGUCCAAGUGCUACUCCUCCCUCCUGGACUCCAUGAAUGCCGAGAUCCGCAUCCGCUGGCUGCAGAUCGUGGUGCGCAACGACUACUACCCAGACCUCCACCGGGUGCGGCGCUUCCUGGAGAGCCAGAUGUCGCGCAUGUACACCAUCCCACUGUAUGAGGACCUCUGCACGGGUGCCCUCAAGUCCUUUGCGCUGGAGGUCUUCUAUCAGACGCAGGGCCGGCUGCACCCCAAUCUGCGCAGAACCAUCCAGCAGAUCCUGUCCCAGGGCCUGGGCCCCGGUGCCGAGGCCAGCACUGCGCCCAACGCUGAGCUGGCCAGAGCUGGGGCAGAGGCAGGGUCAGACUCGGCAGCCCUGCUGCUUGGCGACGAGGCCCCCAGUAGCACCAUCUCUCUCAGGGACGUCAACGUGUCUGCCUAGCCCUGACUUUGGGCCAACCUUAACCUCCCAGACACCAAGAUUGUGCCUUCUGUGGCCCGGGCCGCCAUGACUGCGCCUUGGCUCUGGCCACGAGCUCGGCCCGGGCCCCUGAGCCUCUCCUGUGGGCUCUCCCUUGGGCUCUCCCAGGCUGGGGGCUGGGGGAGAGGAUUCUGUCUAGUGGCAGUCCUGGGGGCCUGAGCUCAUCCUGUCCCAGCUCUCCUGCACUGUGGACCUCAGGACUGGCCUUAUACACCACGCCUCCCAUCUCAACACUGACAGCCAUGCGUGGCCCUGGACACCCGUACCUGCUGGACACCAUCCUGGGACUGCAGCUCCAGCAGCUCAUGGCAACCACCACACUGUGCCUUACGUCUGCAGACAGGCUGCACUGCCCCCGAAGCACAGCUUCCCCAGAACCCUGCACUGUUAUCCCCUGGCAUAGGGACAAGGACACGAUGUACCCUCACUGUGGGGGCAGGGGAUAGGAGAGAAGGGGCAUCACAUGGGGAGCCUUGGCCCCUCGGCACAUGGAGUCCAGGUCCCAGAGGCCUGUUCUCCCAGCUGCCUGGGGUAGCGGCACAGCCAUCCAGCUCACCCCAGGAAAGGGGUGGUGCUGAUGCUCUUGGGGCACACCUGCUGGAGGCACCAGGUAGGAAGGCUCCAGCUUGGGACUGUGCAGUGGGCACCACGUGACUGUCCCAUUAAACCUCCACUCUGCAGACUGA